AUGCCAGAGUCAGGAUUCUCAUCGCUCCUCAACCGGGAUCUGGGCUUUGGCGGGAUCACGCCAGCCGCUCGCUCGGGAGCAAGGAAGAGCAGGGCGGGUGGAGGCGCGGCCCGGGGCUGGAGCGCGCCGUGGAGGCGGCGGGGCGGAAGCGAUCAUUACCUCCCUAAACAGGAGCGCUUCUUAGGGGGCGCGGCCCGAGGUCUUUCCCAGCCCGAGACUGGGCACAGAAACGAGAAGCGAGCGGCCCUGGGCUCCGGCGAGGGGAGAAGCGCCCCAUCCCUAGGCUCCCCGUUGCGCAAAGGCUCUUCCCGCAUCGCAUUCAAGGUCCCCUGGCCACGCAGUGGCGGGGUGCCCCCUGGCGGGGCGCGCAAGACAGAGGGCUGCGGGCUGAGGAUGCCCGGGGCUCCUGCUGAGUUAACCGCUCACUUCAGGACUCAGGAACCUGGCGGGGACGACGGUUCCCAGAGUCCGGGAUCAAGCUCCGCAGUGGAGCGUCCCUGUCAACGAGACCUGACUCAGACCCUAGGAAAUCGCGGGUAUUUACCAACCUAG